CCUUCGCAGCCGGGAAAGGCCGGGAAGAUGCUGGAGACGCUGCGAGAGCGGCUGCUGAGCGUCCAGCAGGACCUCACCGCCGGGUUGAAGACUUUGAGCGACAAAUCAAGAGAUGCAAAGAAAAGUAGGCAAAGAACUGUUCAGUGUUUGCCAGAGUUUUCUGCUGGACUGGAAUUACUAAGCAGAUACGAAGAUGCUUGGGCUGCCCUUCAUAAAGGAGCCAAAGAUUGUGCAAAAGCUGGAGAGCUGGUUGACAGUGAAGUUGUGAUGCUUUCUGCACACUGGGAGAAGAAAAGGAGCAGUCUGGUAGAACUGCAGGAUCAGCUUCAGCAAAUACCCGGGUUCUUAGCAGAUCUGGAAUGCCUCACAGCAAGCCUAGCCCAGCUAGAGGCAAACUUUGAGGAAAUGGAGAAUCAUCUGUUGUGUCUUGAGGAACUAUGUGAACAGUGUGAAUUGGAAAGGUACAAAUGUAUGCAGACAUUACAGCUGGAAAACUACAAGAAAACAAAAAGGAAGGAACUGGAGACAUUUAAAGCUGAACUUGAUGCUGAACAUGCACAGAAGGUUUUGGACAUGGAACACACCCAGCAGAUGAAGCUGAAGGAGCGCCAGAAGUUCUUUGAAGAAGCCUUCCAGCAGGACAUGGAGCAAUACCUUUCCACAGGAUACUUGCAGAUAGCAGAGAGGAGAGAACCCAUUGGCAGUAUGUCUUCCAUGGAGGUGAAUGUGGACAUGCUGGAGCAGAUGGAUCUGAUGGACAUGUCUGACCAGGAAGCACUCGAUGUCUUUUUAAACUCAGGAAGCGAAGACAAUAAUGUGCUGUCUCCCAUGCUGGGGCCCGACUCCAACAGCUACGUGAGCGAGAUCAGUCUCCAGGUGCCGAGCCAGUCGGAGUUACGGCAGAAGCUCUGCUCCCUGUCCUCCACCUGCACCGACUCAGCCAGCCAGGACGCGAGCGAGGGAGAGUCCCCCGUGGUCCAGUCGGACGAAGAGGAGGUUCAAGUGGACACUGCCCUUGCUGCUGUAACUGAGAGAAAGGGUGCUUCAGAUGGCAGUGAUGAAAGUGACUCUCAGACUAUUUGAAUCUUAAAACCAUAUCCUUUAAGAAUGACUUCUGAAUGAAUGAACAAGUGAAUGAAGAGCUUGCCUGUGUAACAAUUUGCUAACCAAGCGUAACAGCCAGAUCUUUUUACUUAGUCAUACUGCCUUUUUACAAAAUUGCCAGUCAUGUGGAGGUUGGUUUUUAAAGAAAAAAUUAUGCCUAAAGCACACACACUUUAACAGUAGUCUUGGGGCUCAGGGGAGCAGUAAAACUGUUGUAUAUACUAUGUAUAAGAGAAUUUAAGGGGAAAGGUAGAAGUUACUUUGACCACUAACCUUUAAAUGGCUGAUUGGAAGUGCUUAAGAGUUGAUGUGUAAAACUGAACCCAAAUUGUUCCUUGCAUGUUUUCAGCUGCUGCAACUGAAGAUUUAGGAUCCAAACCAAAAUGAAAAGUUAUUUUCUACUCUUUACUACCUACUGUCUGCCUCCUGCCUUUGUCUACGAAUGCAGCAGUGUCUACUGUUCUCACACUUCUUAUUCAGGACCAACUUAGUUAUAGGUGUUAAGGAAAAAAUAAGAACCCGAGAAGGAAGAGAGAUGCAUAUGGAAAUGUUGCACUCCUUGUGGAGCAGGUAUCUUAGCAUUGUGUACUUACUCCUCUUUCAAGAUAAAAUAAAGAAUUUCUAUCCCAA